GUGUUACUUCCGUGUUCAUACCUUGAUACACCUGUGUUAUAACUGCAGUAGAUUGGCUACUGAAGCCACCUGUCGCGUUCUAUUGCUAUUAGCCUAGUAGGCUAUUUGACGUGCCAUGAGCGCGGAGCCAGAAUCAUGUGGUUUGACACCUGUGUCUUUGCGAGAGGACCCAGACACUGGAGUGGAAGUUCGAGAAAGUUCGGGAGACUUUAAUAUGGAUUUACAACAGCCGAUUUUCUUCUCCUUGGAUGUACACCAACAUGAAACUCUGUCAGCUAAAGUCGUCUCCAGGUUGUCUAGAAAGGCUGCCGCUACAUCAGUGGUGAUCACCUCCGACUCAGAAUCCGGAAAAUUCUCAGGUGAAUCGGAACUUUGCAUGGAACAUGAAUCAGACCUGGACUGGUUCUGCAGCUCCGAGCAGAAACGUAUAUGCUUGCACUGCACCAUAGCGGGAUCCUGCCAGAGCCACACAGUGACACCCCUGGUCAGCAGAGUGACAGGCGUUAGGAACCAACUGGUUAACAUAUGUGAGAAAAUGCAGCUGCAGGCCCAGCGCAUGGAGCGCUUUAUCAACCAGACCCUGACUGCCAAAGAGCGGGCACUGCAGGUAGAGGCAAGCGGGGCUCGGGAGCAAGUGGUGGCCCAGGUCAGUGUGGUGAGGGAGGCGGUGGAGGAGGAGGAACAGCGGCUGCUGGAAGCGGUGCAGAGGGAGGAGGAGAGGGUGGAGCAGUGCCUUCUCACCCAGAGAGCCCACUGGGGCCAGGCCCUGGCUAUGCUCACACAGACGCGCACACGUCUGGUGCACACCCUCACAAACACACCAGACAUACAGCUGGCAACCUCUGGCCAGGAAAUAGCUGAGAGGAUUGAGGAGGCAGAAGGGGUGGGUGAGCCUCAUGACACCGACCAUCUCAACCUGAACGCCAGCUGUAGUGAAAGCAAACUCAUGAGGGGCCUGUGGGCCAGCGCCAUACUGCUGGGACCAACUGCUUAUGGUUCAGCAAAUCUGACAUUUGACGAGCGCACUGUCAGCUCCGCACUUUCCCUCUCAGAAGACCUUUGCACUCUGACCUUCCUGCCUAAGUGGUCACGCCAGUCCCCGCCCUACAACCCAGCACGCUUCGACUGCUGGCCCAAUGCGCUGGGCACCCUGGCCAUCUCCUCCGGCACCCACAGCUGGGUGAUUGACAUGGGUGAGAGCGGGGCCUUCAAGGUGGGGGUAUGCUACUCCAGCAUGGGGCGCAAGGGCUCGGGCAACGACUCCCGCCUGGGCUACAACAUCCAGUCCUGGGUGCUCUCCAAAUACAAUGGGGACUUCUCCUUCUGCCAUGCGGGGAAGAACACACCCCUGCAUGUGGUCCACAAGCCCAAGAGUCUAGGGCUACUCCUGGACUGGCCUAGUCAGACCCUGAUAUUUUAUGACCCAGACUCCAGUGCUGUGUUGCACUCGGUCAGACACGCCUUUAGUGGCCCACUGCUGCCAGCAUUUGCUGUGGCUGACCGCAGUGUCAGCAUACUGCACUGACCUCUGAAGUACUGUAACUGAAGUGUCAAUGAUAUAGAAUUACGGGUAACACUUUCAUAAGGCAUAUCAUAUGAGUUGAUAAUACAACAGUGAAAGGGCUCAUUAAUGCUUACAACAAGUAGUACGACAUUACACCUGCUGAUAAAAUGAUACUGAAUUACUUAUAAUAUUUGUACAUCCUACUAAUAGAAUACUAUCACAGCUUCACAAUUUAUUUGAAUGUAAUCAAAUUGGCCAAAUUUAGGUCCCUAUGUCUCUCUGCAUUGAAGAGGUAUGCAGAAGGUUUUUUGAUGGGAGAUAUAUUUCUAAUUUAUUCUUUGUUUAUUUUAAUCUGAAGUAAUGAAUCUGUAGAGAUUUCUGUAUGAGUCUCUUGAUCAAAUUAUACAGUAGUCCUAAUGAGUCAUACUGUAGUCAUUUUAGAUAUAGGAGUAUGCUAUUUAUAUUUAUGUUAUUAUAUGUUAUGAUAAUUUACUGUAAGUUAAGGGACUGUUUGAUACCUUUUCUAUCUUUUAAAACCGACACCUGUCUGAAGGAAUGGUUGAUCCAUACGCAUACAAAUAUUUGUUAAUUGUCUGAUAUGCAAUGUAUGUCUCUAUUGAAACUCACAUCCUACUUUCCAUCCAUCCGUCAGUGGGAAGGAAAUUAAUGAAACUCAAUGCAAGAGAUAGUCUAAAAAUGAACAGCAGGGGGCAAUGUAGUGUCAUAGUGAUGCGAAUGUUGACUCGUAACCCGCAAUCCCUGCGGUUAAAGGGUUGAAUAAAGAGAAAACAAUACCUUACAAAAAAUCCAUAAAUGUAUAAGUCUUGUGCAAUUUAUGUCUAUAGGCUACAUUUACGCUUUUAUUUCAUUAUUUUAGGCUAUCUGGCAUUAGUGCGUAAGCCUACAUUUAAGGCUGCGAUCACACCGACAGCGUCAUUGUAUUUUGGUUGCGUUGCAGAGGCAGUUGCAGUGCGUUCGGUGUGAUGGCUUGACAGAAGUGGUAGCAGAAGGUGAAUGUU